AUGGCAUACAGUGGAGCUCAAGGCUAUGCUCGCAUCUCCUCCGAUUCCUGCAUUUACAAGCGCCGGCAGGUCCCAAGCGAUGACAUGGAUCCCCACUUUGACAUCGUAGGGCUCGACGAGCGGGAUAUUGACACCGAUGAAGAUCGUGAGCAUGGCAAAAUGUGUCCUCCCUUGUACCGAGUAGCUCGUGGAGGAGAUGACAGCGACGCAACUGAUGAAGGGCCAUCUCCGGCCAGGAUUUCCCACAAAGUUCCGAGCAAGAGGAGGGAGCAUGUCUCGAAGCGAUCCGAGCUGCAACGCUACAAGCUCACGAGGGAGCUUCCCACGACAUGGUCUGCACCACCACGUGUGCUGUGUGUGACCCGUCGACACCUUCGAAAGGGAAAGUACGUAGACUUCCUCGGUGAGUACCACCUGGACCUGAUUCAAGAAAACGGGGGUGCUGCCAUCAUGAUCCCCCGUACUGCCUUGACAGUUCCUGCUCUGGCUGAGUACUUGCCGAUGGAUGGCUUGCUCGUCGUGGAGGGGAACGACAUAUCCGAUGAGGUCCUGAACAAGUAUGGAUGCUCUGCUCCAGACCGUUUGGACGGAGAGGAUGCCAUGAAGUGGGCCAGCGACACGGAGUUCGACGUCCCGAAGGAUCAGCUGGAGUUUGCAUUGAUGCGUUUGGCCCUGGACUCCGGCUGUCCAAUCCUUUCCCUUUGUCGUGGCUCGCAGAUGCUCAAUGUCCUGAGAGGUGGGACGCUGAUCGGGGACAUUGAGAAGGAGGUUCCAAAUGCAGUUGUGCAUCUCAAGGAUGCCAGUGAUCCAACCUACGACAGCCACCGUCAUCCCAUCAGAGUGUUGCCAGACACUCCUCUUGCAUCAUGGUUCGACAAGUCCCUUGUUGACACCGACGAGCUCAGUGUGAACUCGUAUCAUCACCAGGGAGUGCGCACGUUGGGAAAGGGUUUGAAGCCAAUGGCGUACGCUCCUGACGGGGUUCUUGAAGGAUUCUACGACGAGCGCUACAAUCCGUCGCAGGGGCGCUUCAUGGUCGGAUUGCAGUUCCAUCCUGAGCGCAUGAUGGAUGACUACCCUGGAUGCAAGAUCGUCUACGAAGACUUCUUGACAGCUUGCAAGAACUUCAGGAAGUCCAGAAACUUUUAG